CCGAGAGCCUCACCCCGGCUCAGUCACCGCAGCCACCGCAGGGAACAUGGAACCCCCAGACGCCCGCGCCGGGCUGCUGUGGCUCGCCCUCCUGCUGGCGGGCCACUCAGGGGCCCAAGCUGAGGUGCACGUGUCUGUACCCCCUCUGGUGGAGGUGAUGCAAGGGGAACUCAUCACCCUGGACUGCACUCCUCGGGAGCACCCUGAGCAUUACGUGCUGGAAUGGUUCCUUGUUGAUGCUUCCGGGUCCCGACACCACCUGGCUUCUGUGGAGCCACAGGGCUCAGAGCUCCUGCGCACAGUCCACAGCUCUCGGGGCCGCAGUCCCCCCUACAAGCUGGACUCCAAGGGGCGCCUGGAGAUAGCAAAUGCCCAGGUGGGCGAUGAGUGGGACUACGUGUGCGUGGUGAAGGCUGGGCCAGCAGGCACCUCAGAGGCCACCUCAAGUGUCCGUGUGUUUAAGACCCCCGAAGCUACGGAUGUGUUUCCCAACAAAGGGACGCUGUCUGUGAUGGAGGAGUUUGCCCAGGAGAUUGCCACCUGCAGCAGCCCCAAUGGAAACCCGGUGCCUCGGAUCACGUGGUACCGGAACGGGCAGCGUCUGGACGUGCCCAUGGAGAUGAACCCAAAGGGCUACAUGACCAGCCGCACCGUCCGGGAGGCCUCGGGCCUGUACUCGCUGACCAGCACCCUCUACCUGAGGGUCUACAAGGAGGAUCGGGAUGCCAACUUCCAGUGCGCCUCUCACUACAAGUUGCCCUCAGGCCAACAUGGCCGCCUGGACAGUCCUAACUUCCAGCUCACUCUGCACUAUCCCACGGAGCAUGUGGAGUUCUGGGUGGGAAGUCCAUCCACCACGGAGGGCUGGGUACGUGAGGGUGACGCUGUCCAGCUGCUCUGCCAGGGUGAUGGCAGCCCAAGCCCAGAGUAUUCCUUUUUCCGCCUGCAGGGCACCCAGGAGGAACAGCUAAAUGUCAACCUCAGGGGGAACUUGACCCUGGAGAAGGUGCAUCGGGACCAGAGUGGCGUCUAUGGCUGCAGAGUGGAGGACUAUGAUGCCGGCGAGGAAGUGCAGCUUGUCAAGAUCCUGGAGCUGCAUGUGGCCUACCUGGACCCCUUGGAGUUGAGUGUGCCUGAGGAGCUCUAUGUGUUCCUGAACAGCAGCCGCACAGUGGUGAACUGCUCAGCCAGAGGUCUGCCUGCCCCUACUGUGCGCUGGACCAAGGAUUCUGUGACCCUGGCAGACGGCCCCGUGCUCUCUCUGAACUCUGUUACCUUUGACUCGGCCGGUACCUACACAUGUGAAGCCUCCUCACCCACCGUGCCCCUCCUGAGCCGGACACAGAGUUUCCAGCUGGUGGUCCAAGGGGCACCAGAGUUAAAACCCAACGAGAUAAAGCCGGUAUCGGGGAGUAGCUGGAUGGAAGGAGAUGAAGUCAUGCUGGUCUGUUCCGCCCGAGGCUACCCAGAGCCCAAACUCACCUGGAGUCAGCGAGGCGAUACUCCAGCAGAGCCGCCCUUUGAGGGCAAAGGCUGGACGAGCAGCUCGCUAAGGGUGAAAGUGACCAGUGCCCUGAGCCAGGAGGGCGUGUCCUGUGAUGCAUCUAACAUCCAUGGCGAGAUAGGCCACGUCUUCCACUUUGGCUCUGUGGCCCCCCAGACUGCGCAGGCGGGCGUGGCUGUCAUGGCUGUAGCCGUCAGCGUGGGUCUUCUGCUUCUCGUGGUGGCUGCUUUCUACUGCAUGAGACGCAAGGGGCGCCCCGGCUGCUGCCGGCGCUCGGAGAAGGCGGCCCCGCCCUCCAGGGAACCAGAGAUGAGCCACUCUGGCUCGGAUCGCCCAGAGCAGACGGGCCUUCUCAUGGGUGGGCCCUCCGGAGGAGGCAGAGGUGGCAGCGGAGGUUUUGGAGAUGAGUGUUGAGGCCAAGGACCUCGUAGAGGCGGUCUCUGGAUCUGGAACUGUGGGCAUCAUCGGAGGACCGGUUCUGCGCACGCCUCCGCCUCCUUCCUCGGCCCUCCCUUCCUUCCUCUGCCUGCUGGGCAGGGACCCACAGUGGCCGGCAGCCUCAGGGAGGGAAAGAGGGAGGGUGGGGGGGUUGGGAGGGGGCCUUCCUCCAGGGAAUGUAACUCUCCCAGGCCCCAGAAUAGCUCCUGGACCCAAGCCCAGGGCCCGGCCUGGGACACGGCGCUGAGGGUCGGCAGACCGGGGCUAUUUUUACCUCCUGUCUCCCUUGCUUGGGCACUGCCCCCCCACCUGAUACCCCGCUGUGUAGUCUGACACUGGAGUCCCCAACCCACCCCAUCCCUGCCCUCGCCCCCAGCCCAUCAUCUGUGGACACUGGAUUCUGAAAUAAAUGCUGCCUGUCACGUGGA